AGAAAAAAGAAAUUAAGAAACGGAAAAGAAAAGCAGCUUUGUUCUGUUCCAAUUCCAAAAACGACAAGUUCAAGUUCAAGACUGGAAGCCAAGUUAUAUUUUUUCACCCCAUAAUCGGCUCCACUCUGAAUGCUUCAAACUCCAAACUCUCUCUCUCUCUCUCUCUCUCUCAACACAACACAACACAACACACUUGUGACCUGUCUCUGUCUCUGCGUUUUCAGUACGCUUAGAUCCUGCUCUAUUGUUUUCUGAACCCAUCCAUCUUGCUUCUUCGUCAUGGGGUCCAUCCAGAUUUCACAAAUGCACUCUCUUUCAUAAUCAAAAUCAUCUCUUUUGAAGCUAGGGAUUUCAGGUUUCAGAUUUUCCAUUGCCACCAUCAUCUCCCUCUCAGAAGAUGCAGUCCAGUGGGCCUGAUUCCGCAAGCCCAAUGACCCACCGCCUUCAGUCUCUGUCCUCCGCAGAUACAAGAGGCAAACAUAGGAUACACGCUCAAGUUAAACGCUUGGAGCAAGAAGCUAGAUUCUUAGAGGAAGAGCUGGAACAACUUGAAAAGAUGGAGAAAGCAUCUACAGCGUGCAAAGUAAUGCUCAGCAAUGUGGAAACAAAACCUGAUCCAUUACUACCAUCAACAAUUGGUCCCGCGAGUCCUACAUGGGAUCGAUGGUUUGAAGGCCCUAAAGAUUCUAAAGGCUGCUGUAGAUGCUGGAUUCUCUGACGAUCAAUGCUAAUUGCCAAUUCCCCUUCUCCCCACCCUCUUUUUAAUCCCAGAUUGGCCUAGAAAUUGAGAGUUUUGAAACAAUAUUGUUAUUGGCAAAUUUUCAUGAAUGUUCCCAUGUGCGGAUGACAAUUAUAGCAAAUACAUAGUUUUUAUGUUUGAGAUGACAGCUUAAUUGCUGAGACGACAAUUAUCAACCGAUGACAGUAUAGAUGUGUAUAUAAUAAUUAUUUUUUUCAUU